AUGGCCAAUUUCAUAUUACGGAAGGCCCAACCAAACGACGUUUGUGAUAUCUUGCGACUCAUAAAGGAACUUGCGAAAUUUGAAGAGAUGGAGGAACAGGUCAUCCUGACCGAGAAAGAGCUACUUGAAGAUGGCUUUGGGGAUCAUCCAUUCUACCAUUGCUUGGUUGCUGAAGUGCCUAAAGAAAAAAAAACAUCUGAAGGGCACACUGUAAUUGCCUUUGCCAUGUACUACUUCACAUACGACCCUUGGAUUGGAAAGCUGCUCUAUUUGGAGGACUUCUUCGUAAUGCCAGAGUUUCGAGGUUUCGGUAUUGGCUCUGAGAUCCUGAAGGUCUUGAGUGAGACGGCGGUGAAGACUAGAUGCAGCAGCAUGCACUUCAUCGUGGCGGAAAACAACACAAAGUCUAUAGAGUUCUACAAGAGAAGAGGGGCAUCUGACCUUUCAUCUGAGGAAGGUUGGCGCCUGUUCGCCAUUGACAAGGAGGAGCUAAUGAAGAUGACCACUAAUUAA